AAUUAUCGGAAUUACCGUGGAAAAUACCUUGCUCGGUUUAACUUCUUCUGGGAAAUAUUUGAAUAAGAGAAAACAAAUCACAAGAUGGCUAAUUUGACUGCAACUGUAGGUGCAUAUAUUUGAAACCUAAAAAACUAUAUUGCGGACCAGAACAAAAAAAAAAAAUGCUCAAGAACAGUAAGAGCAAUAGUGUAAUAACUAAGCAUCGUAGAAUUGUUUUUACGCAUGCACUUCUCUGGUCAAGGUUUACCAAGGGUAUACACACAUAUCCACAUUCCCAAACACUCGUUUACCUCCAGCAAACAUGCAUGCCGGCUGAUAUUGUCCUUAUUUAGGAUGUGGAUUUUCCCAGUUGAGUAUGUCACAAAGCCACAGGACAAAGGCCAUACACACACACACACACACGCUCACGGAGGGAAGGGGGCAGGGCUAGAUCACACUGUUCAGCCUGCUUCCGUUGCACACAGCAGCAGUCCAGCGAGAGAAAGAGAGAGAGUAAGAGAGAGAGAUCGGUUCAGCCCACGAAUCUGUGGCCCACUUUAAAUAUGAGUGGGGGGUUUACGGCAGCUCCUCUGUGAGACUGUGACAGUUGAAACAAGGAGGCCGGAGCGAGACGGGAGAGGCGGGGCGAUUGUGUGUGUGUGUGUGUGUAUGUGUGUGUAUGAGCCGGCUGCGAUCAGCUUGCGUGUGUCCGCUGUUCCCAGUGGCUCUAAGCGGCAGCAGAGGUAGCAAAAUGGAGCUGUGAGCCGCUUCAUCCUCAUCCUCGUCUUCAUCGCCAGGGGACCGGGGAUCUUGACGGCAUGCCUGUAGAUCCCAUCUGAUGCCGAGGCUGAAGGAAUCACGGUCUCACGAGUCGUUGCUCAGCCCCAGCAGUGCAGUUGAAGCUCUAGAUCUCAGUAUGGAGGAGGAAGUGCUCAUCAAACCCGUGCACAGCAGCAUCCUGGGACAGGAUUUCUGCUUCGAGGUAACUACUUCAACAGGAAGCAAAUGCUUCUCAUGCCGGUCGGCAGCCGAGAGAGACAAAUGGAUGGAGAAUUUGAGACGUGCUGUGCAUCCCAAUAAGGAUAACACCCGUCGGGUGGAAAAUAUGCUGAAAUGUUGGAUUAUCGAAGCCAAGGACUUGCCAGCAAAGAAAAAAUACUUCUGUGAACUCUGUCUGGACGACACAUUAUACGCACGGACUACCUGCAAACUCAAAACGGACAACGUUUUCUGGGGCGAACACUUUGAGUUCAACAACCUGCCCUCGGUCAAGAGCAUCACCGUUCAUCUUUACAAGGAAACGGACAAAAAGAAAAAGAAGGACAAAAAUAAUUAUGUGGGCCUGGUCAAUAUUCCCAUUGCGACAGUCACCGGGCGGCAAUUUGUGGAAAAAUGGUAUUCGGUUAGUACGCCGAAUCCUAACAAAGGGAAGAGUCCGGGACCCAUGGUCCGCAUGAAGUCCCGCUAUCAGAGCAUGAGCAUCCUCCCCAUGGAGCUUUACAAGGAGUUUGCAGAGUAUAUUACUAAUAACUAUAUGCUAAUGUGCUCAGUGCUGGAGCCGGCGCUCAGUGUGAAGAACAAGGAGGAGAUGGCGUGUGCACUUGUGCAUAUCUUACAAAGCACAGGCAAGGCCAAGGACUUUCUGACUGAUCUGAUGAUGUCUGAGGUGGAUCGUUGCGGAGACAAUGAGCACCUCAUCUUCCGUGAGAACACACUGGCCACUAAAGCUAUAGAGGAGUACCUGAAACUAGUGGGACAGAAAUACCUGCAGGACGCUUUAGGUGAGUUCAUUAAAGCCCUGUAUGAGUCAGACGAGAACUGCGAGGUGGAUCCGUCUAAAUGCUCCUCCAGUGACCUGCACGAGCACCAGAGCAAUCUGAAGAUGUGCUGUGAGCUGGCUUUCUGCAAGAUCAUCAACUCUUACUGUGUGUUUCCUCGGGAGCUCAAGGAAGUGUUUGCGUCGUGGCGGCAGGAGUGCAGUAGCCGAGGACGGCCGGAUAUCAGUGAACGCUUGAUCAGCGCGUCGCUCUUUCUGCGCUUUCUGUGUCCUGCCAUCAUGUCGCCGUCACUCUUCAGCCUCAUGCAGGAAUAUCCAGAUGACCGAACUGCCCGUACACUCACACUCAUCGCCAAAGUCACACAAAACCUUGCCAACUUCACCAAGUUUGGCAGUAAGGAGGAGUACAUGUCCUUCAUGAAUCAGUUCUUGGAGCACGAAUGGACUAACAUGCAGCGCUUCCUGCUGGAGAUCUCCAACCCAGAGACCAUCUCUAACACAGCAGGCUUUGAGGGUUAUGUUGACCUGGGCCGUGAACUCUCGUCUCUUCAUUCUCUCCUGUCUGAAGCAGUCUCACAGCUCGAUCAGACUACCAUCACCAAGCUGGGACCUUUAGCUCGGAUCCUGCGAGAUGUGAAUUCAGCCCUUACAAACCCCACCGGAGCCCCUGUACCGUCUCCCACUGAGCGUGUCGGGUCACCUAGUCUACCUAGCAGCAGCCUGUCCACCGGUCUGCAGAAGAUGGUGAUGGACAGUGAGAUCACAGGGCUGGUGGAUUUCACUCGACUGCCCUCGCCGACCCCCGAAAACAAGGACCUGUUCUUUGUCACAAGGAAUUCUGUGAUUCAGCCGUCACCCGCCCGCAGCUCCAGUUACUCCGAGGCCAACGAGCCAGAUGUUCAGAUCCCCAACGGUAGCAAGAGCUUGUCAAUGGUGGACCUGCAGGACAGCCGUUCUCUAGAGAGCGCUGCCAACACCUCCUUCAGUGACCCCAUCAACGACAGCCAGGCGUCUGCUGGCCAGAGCGCAGGAAUGUGGACCACCCGCACCAUAAAGGGCAACACGCCCAGUGGUCCAACCCUGAGGAGAGCAGGUCAGACCCCCACCACCCCGAGCACAGAGUCUGCCCCAGGAAGGUCCCAGCUGCUUGCCCCGCUCUCCUUCCAGAACCCUGUGUACCAGAUGGCCGCCGGAUUGCCUGUGUCACCCCGUGCAGUGGCCGAUUCAGGAUCUGAAUGCCAGAGUUCCAUCAGCAGCAAUGCAGAGGAAGCAGCUACCGCGGGGCCAAAGCACCCGUUUAUAAGCCAGUCCAGCACAGGGGCGAGCGGCGGAGGGGGCAGUAGUGGGGAUGAAUUUAUUCAACGUCCUGGAGAGUUUACACGUCGACAGCUGUCACUUACAGAGACCCAACACCAGACCAAUGUACCGCGGCAGAACAGUGCUGGCCCGCAGCGCCGGAUAGACCAACCACCUCCAGCCAUUACAAGAGGCCGCACUCCACCAAACAUGCUCAACACUGCUCCCUAUCCACGGCCCUCCAGUGGAAGUAUGAUGUCAUCGUCUCCUGACUGGCCCAGCAGCGGCACUAGACUGAGGCAACAGUCUUCGUCCUCCAAAGGGGACAGUCCAGAGUCCAAGCAGCGCACACUACACAAACAAGCUCCAUCUCCUGUGAAUCCCAAUGCAUUGGACCGCACAGCUGCUUGGCUGCUGAAUAUGAAUGUGCAAUAUUUGGAGCAGGAGGGAAUUGACCCAGAUUCCAAACACCGGGAGGACUUCCCAAACAAGGAGGAUCUCACACCCACUGAAAAGUAUCAGCAUGAGAUAGCCGUCCUGCAGGAGAAGCUGCGUAUUUCUGCCAAGAAGCUGGAGGAGUAUGAAUCUCGUAUGAAGAGUCAAGACGACCAAACGCAGAAGAUGCUCCUGGAGUACCAGGCCCGGCUGGAGGACACGGAGGAGAGACUACGCAAACAGCAGGACGACAAAGAGCUGCAAAUGAAGAGCAUCAUCACCAGGUUGAUGUCGGUCGAAGAGGAGCUGAAGAAAGAUCACUCAGACAUGCAGGCCAUCGUAGACUCCAAACAGAAAAUUAUCGAAGCCCAGGAGAAGAGAAUCGCAUCCCUGGAUGCCGCCAACGCCCGGCUAAUGAGCGCUCUGUCUCAGUUGAAGGAUCGUUACAGCAUGCAAACCAGGAAUGGCAUCUCUCCGACAAACCCCACCAAGCUGCAGAUCACGGAAAACGGAGAGUUUCGGAAUAGCAGCAACUGCUAGCAUGGACACAAACACGGGCCUACGGGUCUAGUGACGGACAAGGGCUAUGGGUAACUCUCACAAUAUGGAAGGAAAAAAAGAAACGGCACUCUGGCAUUGUUAAACUGACCUAGUAUUAAGUCGGAAAUAAGUCGGUGUGUCGUUUUAGAGUUGCACAAUGUUACAUGGUUGAUUUUUCACUCAGUGUAUAAAGGCUAUGGUGUCUUUUAGAUGAUUAGCCUGACGGAUGUCUAAUGAAAUACUCCCAUGAUGCUUCUUUGGUAGCCCUUGUCACAAGCAGUGACUAGGGGUGUGUUCACACUUGCAGUUUGGUCCAGAUUAAAACAGAAAAGCCUUUUAUGCUGGUAUUCACACUCAUUUUAAAUGGGUCAUGAACUACUUUUUGGUUUUCUCAUUAGAACAUUAUAGAUCACAUCCUUCAUAUGUGUUUUCAUAAAUAGGUCUUGGUUAAAAAUGCAUAGAUACUGAGUACAUAUCAAAUGAUCUGUAUUAACAGUCAAAGUAAUAGCAAACGUAUUUAAAACAGUUACACUUGUGUGGUGCAACAUUACUGACAGAUCUAAUAUAGUUGCCACAACAUCGUCAUAUUUUGAGUAUUUCCGAAAUCCAGCGUCAAAUUGUGCCUUGUCUGCAAACAAAUUGGCAAACAAAGUUCUUAAAUGUCCCGUGAAGUGCUUUGAAAAGUGCAUUUUUAUUUCAUGUCGAAACUUAAAGAGAGGGCGGGACAUAGUGUAGCCCCUCCCCUUUAAAAAACAGCCAAAAGUGUUUUGCUUUUUCACCGCUCUUUCAGUCAGAGUAGUUGAGCUCAAUUAAAUGAGAAGCAUCUUGAAGAGGGCGGGCAUGUCAGAUACUAGAGAGCAUUUUAUUGGUCAAAUAUGUGAGUAAAACAGUUGAUCCAUUUAGGCGGAAGUGACAAACUGCAAGCUUCAUGUGUUAAAUUCAUGCUUUAUAUCUUCUAAACAGGAAUUUCCUCACUGUUUUGGUGCGCACUAGCUUAUAGAUGUCCUAAAAACGAACAAUACUUAUACUAACAUCUAAAACGUUAUUUUCAUUUCAUGGGACUAUUAAAGAGGUGAUCUGAAACUUAAAUAAUAAUACAAUUCAUCCACUCUUUCCUAAUGUUGGGAUGAGAAGACAGAGCAUCUUGUUGUCUUCUGAGCAUCUUUAUUGUUUGGUCGUUUAAUUCAACAGUGUGAAUCGUGGGUGGAGCUAACCUGGCUGUGAUGUAGAAGUGGGUGUUGAUCAUCUGCUGUGGAGGCGGGGUUUAGCCACACUAUUACACAGCCUGUUAUUUUAGCAGACUCGCUUCAGAUUGAGUUCAGACUGCAUGAUUUUAGCUCUGGUUUUGAAUCGCCAACAGGUUUUUAGAAAUUGCAGACAAGCAUCUGAAAUCACAGGCAAGUCGGUGCUCGUUCACGUGAGCAACAAUCACACAGUGUAAACUAUCAAAGAUGCAAUCUGAGAGAAUCGGUGAUGAGUUGUUGACACUCGUCAGAUAUUUGGCAUGAUAAAUAUCUAGAGCUUUCUGCAAUUAAAAAUCAUGCCA